GAAGAUGCUGUAGCGUCCUCACCGGCUCCCAGCAGGGAAAUGGUCCAGGAGUGCUGGGUGUGAGCCUCCCUUCUCCUCAAGCCGGAGACUGCGGUUGUCAUUGAUCAAUUGAAGAAGCAAGGACCCGAAAUCACAGACAUUAGCAAUGAUGUGUGAAGUGAUGCCCACGAUUAAUGAGGACACCCCAAUGAGCCAAAGGGGGUCCCAAAGCAGUGGCUCGGACUCAGACUCCCAUUUUGAGCAGCUGAUGGUGAAUAUGCUAGAUGAAAGGGAUCGUCUUCUAGACACCCUUCGGGAGACCCAGGAAAGCCUCUCACUUGCCCAGCAGAGACUUCAGGAUGUCAUCUAUGACCGAGACUCACUCCAGAGACAGCUCAAUUCAGCCCUGCCACAGGAUAUCGAAUCCUUAACAGGAGGGCUGGCUGGUUCUAAGGGGGCUGAUCCACCGGAAUUUGCUGCACUGACAAAAGAAUUAAAUGCCUGCAGGGAACAACUUCUAGAAAAGGAAGAAGAAAUCUCUGAACUCAAAGCUGAAAGAAACAACACAAGACUAUUACUGGAGCAUUUGGAGUGCCUUGUGUCACGACAUGAAAGGUCACUAAGAAUGACGGUGGUAAAACGGCAAGCCCAGUCUCCCUCAGGAGUAUCCAGUGAAGUUGAAGUUCUCAAGGCACUGAAAUCUUUGUUUGAGCACCACAAGGCCUUGGAUGAAAAGGUAAGGGAGCGACUGAGGGUUUCUUUAGAAAGAGUCUCUGCACUGGAAGAAGAACUAGCUGCUGCUAAUCAGGAGAUUGUUGCCUUGCGUGAACAAAAUGUUCAUAUACAAAGAAAAAUGGCAUCAAGCGAGGGAUCCACAGAAUCAGAACAUCUUGAAGGGAUGGAACCUGGACAGAAAGUCCAUGAGAAGCGUUUGUCCAAUGGUUCUAUAGACUCAACCGAUGAAACUAGUCAAAUAGUUGAACUACAAGAAUUGCUUGAAAAGCAAAACUAUGAAAUGGCCCAGAUGAAAGAACGUUUAGCAGCCCUUUCUUCCCGAGUGGGAGAGGUGGAACAGGAAGCGGAGACAGCAAGAAAGGAUCUCAUUAAAACUGAAGAAAUGAACACCAAGUAUCAAAGGGACAUUAGGGAGGCCAUGGCACAAAAGGAAGAUAUGGAAGAAAGAAUUACAACCCUUGAAAAGCGUUACCUCAGUGCUCAGAGAGAAUCUACCUCCAUACAUGACAUGAAUGAUAAACUAGAAAAUGAGUUAGCAAAUAAAGAAGCUAUCCUACGGCAGAUGGAAGAGAAAAACAGACAGUUACAAGAACGUCUUGAGCUAGCUGAACAAAAGUUGCAGCAGACCAUGAGAAAGGCUGAAACCUUGCCUGAAGUAGAGGCUGAACUGGCUCAGAGAAUUGCAGCCCUAACCAAGGCUGAAGAGAGACAUGGAAAUAUUGAAGAACGUAUGAGACAUCUAGAGGGCCAACUUGAAGAGAAAAAUCAAGAACUUCAAAGAGCUAGGCAAAGAGAGAAAAUGAAUGAGGAGCAUAACAAGAGGUUAUCCGAUACUGUUGAUAGACUUCUGACUGAAUCCAAUGAACGCCUACAACUACACUUAAAGGAAAGAAUGGCUGCUCUAGAAGAAAAGAAUGUUUUAAUUCAAGAAUCAGAAACUUUCAGAAAGAAUCUUGAAGAAUCUUUACAUGAUAAGGAAAGAUUAGCAGAAGAAAUUGAAAAGCUGAGAUCUGAACUUGACCAACUGAAAAUGAGAACUGGCUCUUUAAUUGAACCCACAAUAUCAAGAACUCAUCUAGACACCUCGGCUGAGUUACGGUAUUCAGUGGGAUCUCUAGUGGACAGCCAGUCUGAUUACAGAACAACUAAAGUGAUAAGAAGACCAAGGAGAGGCCGCAUGGGUGUGCGAAGAGAUGAACCAAAGGUGAAAUCUCUUGGGGAUCAUGAGUGGAACAGAACUCAACAGAUUGGAGUACUAAGCAGCCACCCUUUUGAAAGUGACACUGAAAUGUCUGAUAUUGAUGAUGAUGACAGAGAAACAAUUUUUAGCUCAAUGGAUCUUCUCUCUCCAAGUGGUCAUUCCGAUGCCCAGACUCUAGCCAUGAUGCUUCAGGAGCAACUGGAUGCCAUCAACAAAGAAAUCAGGCUAAUUCAGGAAGAAAAAGAAUCUACAGAGUUGCGUGCUGAAGAAAUUGAGAAUAGAGUGGCUAGUGUGAGCCUCGAAGGCCUGAAUUUGGCAAGGGUCCACCCAGGUACCUCCAUCACUGCCUCUGUUACAGCUUCAUCACUGGCCAGUUCAUCUCCUCCCAGUGGACACUCAACGCCAAAGCUCACCCCUCGAAGCCCUGCCAGGGAAAUGGAUCGGAUGGGAGUCAUGACACUGCCAAGUGAUCUAAGGAAACAUCGGAGAAAGAUUGCAGUUGUGGAAGAAGAUGGCCGAGAGGACAAAGCAACAAUUAAAUGUGAAACUUCUCCUCCUCCUACCCCUAGAGCCAUCAGAAUGACUCACACCCUCCCUUCUUCCUACCACAAUGAUGCUCGAAGUAGUUUAUCUGUCUCUCUUGAGCCAGAAAGCCUUGGGCUUGGUAGUGCCACCAGCAGCCAAGACUCUCUUCACAAAGCCCCCAAGAAGAAAGGAAUCAAGUCUUCAAUAGGACGUUUGUUUGGUAAAAAAGAAAAAGCUCGACUUGGGCAGCUCCGAGGCUUUAUGGAGACUGAAGCUGCAGCUCAGGAGUCCCUGGGGUUAGGCAAACUCGGAACUCAAGCUGAGAAGGAUCGAAGACUGAAGAAAAAGUGUACACAAAUUUAUCUUACAGAAAAAAACAUCAGCUGUACUCUAAAUUCCAAAACACCUUCAGGCAACGUUUGGGUGACUCAUGAAGAAAUGGAAAAUCUUGCAGCUCCAGCAAAAACGAAAGAAUCUGAGGAAGGAAGCUGGGCCCAGACCCUGGCUUAUGGAGAUAUGAACCAUGAGUGGAUUGGAAAUGAAUGGCUUCCCAGCUUGGGGUUACCUCAGUACAGAAGUUACUUUAUGGAAUGCUUGGUAGAUGCAAGAAUGUUAGAUCACCUAACAAAAAAAGAUCUCCGUGUCCAUUUAAAAAUGGUGGAUAGUUUCCAUCGAACAAGUUUACAAUAUGGAAUUAUGUGCUUAAAGAGGUUGAAUUAUGACAGAAAAGAACUAGAAAGAAGACGGGAAGCAAGCCAACACGAAAUAAAAGACGUGUUGGUGUGGAGCAAUGACCGAGUUAUUCGCUGGAUACAAGCAAUUGGACUUCGAGAAUAUGCAAAUAAUAUACUUGAGAGCGGUGUGCAUGGCUCACUUAUAGCCCUGGAUGAAAACUUUGACUACAGCAGCUUAGCUUUAUUAUUACAGAUUCCAACACAGAACACCCAGGCAAGGCAGAUUCUUGAAAGGGAAUACAAUAACCUCUUGGCCCUGGGAACUGAAAGGCGACUGGAUGAAAGUGAUGACAAGAACUUUAGACGUGGAUCAACCUGGAGAAGGCAGUUUCCUCCUCGGGAAGUACAUGGAAUCAGCAUGAUGCCUGGGUCCUCAGAAACAUUACCAGCGGGAUUUAGGUUAACCACAACAUCUGGGCAGUCAAGAAAAAUGACAACAGAUGUUGCUUCAUCAAGACUGCAGAGGUUAGACAACUCCACUGUUCGCACAUACUCAUGUUGA